GGGACAUCACUCAGAAGGGUUAUGAGAAGAAGAGGCACAAGCUGAUCAGGGCAUAUGUUCCACAUGCUGGAGGUAUGGAAGGGCCCAUGUCUCAUCGGGCCCCGCUCGGCCCUCCGUCUGCCGCCCGUUUCCACCGACGGCGAACCUCCGGCACCAGAGAUGAACGCUACCGAUCAGACGUCCACACCGAGGCGGUGCAGGCCGUGUUGGCUCGACACGUGGAGAGGAAGGUGGCGGUGCCGAUGCCUUCCAAGAGACGCUCGCUGGUGGUGCAGACCUCCAUGGAUGCAUACACGCCUCCAGGCCUGUCGCCCCUGUGCUCAGACUCGUCGUCGGGCUCAGAGGAGGAGGCGGGGCCAGGCGACGACAUGUCGGGCAUGGAGCACUGGAUGAGCCGCCCUUCCCAGUUAGGCCCCGCCCACCUGGGCUCCACCUCCUCCUCGUCCUCGUCCACGCAGAGCGGAGGCAGUGGCAACGCCGGGCGGCUGGCCGACUCGCUGGCGCACACGCACAUCUCGCACCUGGCGCACACGCACCUGGUGCACACGCACCUGGGCCAGUCGCACCACCAGCAGAGCCACCUGUCGCAGUCACACCACGGUAUCGGCCACCUGUCCCUGAAGAGGAAGGGAGCUCUGAGUGUCGCAGAGAACGGAGGAUCUCUGCGACGAUCCUGUGAGUUUGGCUCUGACAUGCUGUGGCCGCCGCCGCUGGAGUCAGACGAGAAUCACUCGACCCCCCCGGAUGUGACGGGCUACUCGUCAGACUCGUCCCACUCCCACCACACCGAGCGUCACCACAUGGCCAAUAUGGGAACCAUUGCCAGGAACACGCAGAAGUACGGCAACGCAGAGCGCAUGGAGACGGGCGAUGGUGUUCCAGUCAGCAGUCGCGUGUCCGCUAAAAUCCAGCAGCUUGUGAACACGCUGAAGCAGCCUCGCAGACCUCCACUACGAGAGUUCUUUGUCGAUGACUUUGACGAACUUCUGGAGGUCCAGCAGCCGGACCCCAAUCAGCCGCGGCCGGAGGGGGCGGAGAUGAUGCCAGUGCGGGGCGAGGCGCUGGGUGUGGUCACCAACUGGCCCCCGUCCCUGGAGGCUGCGCUGCAACGCUGGGGAACGAUCUCCCCCAAAGCCCCCUGCCUCACCAGCCUGGACACGGCAGGGAAGCCCCUCUACGUCCUCACAUAUGGAAAGCUGUGGUCUCGCAGCAUCAAGCUUGCCUACAACAUCCUCCACAAACUGGGCAGCAAGCAGGAGCCCAUGGUGCGACCGGGUGAUCGGGUGGCGUUGGUGUUUCCUAACAACGACCCUGUGGCCUUCAUGGUGGCCUUCUACGGCUGUCUGCUGGCUGAGGUGGUCCCGGUUCCUAUAGAGGUCCCACUGAGUCGCAAGGAUGCCGGCAGUCAGCAGAUUGGAUUCCUGUUGGGCAGCUGUGGCGUUACCGUGGCGCUGACCAGUGACGCCUGCCACAAGGGCCUGCCCAAGAGUGCAACAGGAGAGAUCCCACAGUUCAAAGGUUGGCCAAAGUUACUGUGGUUUGUUACGGAGUCCAAGCACCUUUCCAAACCUCCCAGAGACUGGUUCCCUCACAUCAAAGAUGCAAACAACGACACUGCUUACAUAGAGUAUAAAACCUGUAAGGACGGCAGCGUGCUGGGAGUCACAGUGACGAGGAUCGCUCUGCUCACACACUGCCAGGCUCUCACCCAGUCCUGCAGCUACACCGAGGCGGAGACCAUAGUGAACGUUCUCGACUUUAAGAAGGAUGUGGGCCUGUGGCACGGCAUCCUGACGAGCGUGAUGAACAUGAUGCACGUGAUCAGCGUCCCCUACUCGCUGAUGAAGGUCAACCCUCUGUCAUGGAUCCAGAAAGUCUGCCAGUACAAAGCCAAGGUAGCGUGUGUGAAGUCCAGAGACAUGCACUGGGCUCUGGUGGCCCACAAAGACCAGAAGGACAUCAACCUGAGCUCGCUGCGCAUGCUGCUGGUGGCCGACGGAUCAAACCCUUGGUCCAUCUCCUCCUGCGACGCCUUCCUCAACGUCUUUCAGACUAAAGGGCUGAGGGCCGACGUCAUCUGUCCCUGCGCCAGCUCCCCCGAGGCCCUGACAGUGGCCAUCAGGAGGCCGGUGGAGGACAGCAGCCAGCCUCCGGGUCGAGGCGUCCUGUCCAUGCAGGGUCUGACCUAUGGGGUCGUCAGGGUCGACACAGAGGAACGUCUCUCAGUGCUCACUGUGCAAGAUGUUGGCACCGUCACACCCGGAGGCCUGGCGUGUGUGGUGAAACCAGAAGGCGUCCCUCAGCUCUGUCAGACAGAUGAGAUCGGUGAGCUCUGUGUCUGCUCCAUCGCCACCGGCACCUCCUACUACGGCCUCACCGGCAUGACCAAGAACACUUUUGAGGUUUACCCGGUGAGCGGCAGCGGGGGUCUGGUCAGCGAGUACGCCUUCGUGCGGACCGGUCUGCUGGGCUUCAUCGGCCCGGGCGGCCUCGUCUUCAUCACCGGCAAGAUGGACGGACUCAUCAUGGUGAGCGGGCGGAGGCACAACGCCGACGACAUCGUUGCCACGGCGCUGGCGGUGGAGCCGAUGAAGUUUGUCUACAGGGGCAGGAUAGCCGUGUUCUCCGUGACGGUGCUGAGGGACGAGAGGAUCGUGGUGGUGGCCGAGCAGAGACCCGACUCCACAGAGGAGGACAGCUUCCAGUGGAUGAGCCGCGUGCUGCAGGCCAUUGACAGUAUCCACGGAGUGGGUGUGUUCUGCCUGGCUCUGGUCCCGGCCAACACUCUGCCCAAGACCCCUCUGGGCGGCAUCCACCUGUCAGAGAUCAAGCAGCUGUACCUGGAGGGGGGGCUGCACCCCUGCAACGUCCUCAUGUGCCCCCACACCUGCGUCACCAACCUGCCCAAACCCCGGCAGAAACAACCAGAGAUCGGACCUGCCUCUGUGAUGGUGGGGAAUCUGGUGUCAGGGAAGAGGAUCGCUCAGGCCAGCGGCAGAGAUUUGGGACAGACUGACGACAACGACCAGUUCCUGUUCCUGUCGGAGGUUUUGCAGUGGAGAGCUCAGACCACACCAGACCACGUCCUCUACACCCUGCUCAGCUCCCGGGUAACACCUCUACACAUUAUCUACAGUGGACUACAAUUGUAUCAUAGGGCAGAGCGAGUGGCGGCUCUGCUGAUGGAGCGAGGAGGUCUGCAGGAAGGAGACCACGUCGCUCUCGUCUACCCACCGGGUAUAGACCUGAUUGCAGCCUUCUACGGCAGCCUGUACGCCGGCUGUGUUCCCAUCACGGUGCGACCGCCUCACCCUCAGAACAUCUCCACCACGCUGCCCACCGUCAAGAUGAUUGUCGAGGUCAGUCAUUCAGCCUGUGUGAUGACCACGGCAGUCAUCUGUAAACUGCUGCGCUCUAAAGAGGCCACGGCCACAGUGGACAUCAGGAACUGGCCGCCGGUCCUCGACACUGAUGACCUGCCAAAGAAGAAGCCUCCAGCUCUCUAUAAGCCCACCAACCCUGACGGUCUGGCCUAUCUGGACUUCAGCGUGUCCACAACCGGCAUGCUGGCUGGAGUUCAGAUGUCCCAUAAUGCAGUUGGGGCCUUCUGUCGGUCGGUGAAGCUGCAGUGUGAGCUGUACCCGUCCAGAGAAGUGGCCAUCUGUCUGGAUCCCUACUGCGGCCUCGGCUUUGUCCUCUGGUGUCUCUGCAGUGUGUAUUCUGGCCACCAGUCCAUCCUGAUUCCCCCGGUGGAGCUGGAGUCCAACCCGGCGCUGUGGCUGCUGGCCGUCAGCCAGCUGAGGGUGCGAGACACCUUCUGCUCCUACAGCGUCAUGGAGCUCUGCACCAAAGGACUCGGCCUGCAGACCGAGGCACUCAAGGCUCGCGGUCUGGAUCUGUCCCGUGUUCGUGCCUGCGUGGUGGUGGCGGAGGAGAGGCCCAGGAUGUCGCUCACGCACUCCUUCUCUAAGCUCUUCAAAGACCUCGGCCUUCACCCACGAUCUGUCAGCACAGCCUUCGGCUGCAGGGUCAACCUGGCCAUCUGCCUGCAGGGCACUUCAGGGCCGGACCCCACAACUGUGUACGUGGACAUGAGAGCGCUGCGACAUGACAGGGUUCGUUUGGUGGAGAGAGGUUCUCCUCACAGUCUGCCGUUAAUGGAGUCUGGAAAGAUCCUUCCCGGAGUUCGGAUCAUCAUCGCAAACCCGGAGACCAAAGGACCGCUGGGAGACUCUCACCUCGGAGAGAUCUGGGUGCACAGCGCUCACAACGGCAGCGGCUACUACAGCGGUUACGGCGAGGAGGUUCUGCAGUCCGAUCACUUCAACUCCAGACUCAGUUUUGGAGACACUCAGACGGUCUGGGCCAGGACGGGUUACCUGGGCUUCCUCCGCCGCACCGAGCUCACCGACGCCAACGGAGAGAGACACGAUGCUCUGUUCGUCGUGGGAGCCCUGGAGGAGGCCAUGGAGCUGAGGGGAAUGAGGUACCAUCCCAUCGACAUCGAGACCUCCGUCAUCCGCGCCCACAAGAGCAUCAUGGAGUGCGCGGUCUUCCCCUGGACCAACCUGCUGGUGGUGGUGGUGGAGCUGGAGGGCUCCGAGCAGGAGGCCCUGGACCUGGUUCCCAUGGUGACCAAGGCGGUGCUGGAGGAGCACUACCUGAUCGUGGGCGUCGUCGUGGUGACGGACAUCGGCGUCAUCCCCAUCAACUCCCGCGGCGAGAAACAGCGCAUGCACCUCCGCGACGGCUUCCUACAAGACCAGCUGGACCCCAUCUACGUGGCCUACAACAUGUAG